CUUUCUGUGAAAAGAAGAAAAAAAAAAUUAAGAAAAAACAAAAGAUGAAAACAGUUAUUCUUUUUGUAACAUUUCUUGCUCUUUCGUCUUCAUCUCUAGCAGAUGAUUCAGAUACUGAAUUCCAUUACAAACCCGGUGAGAUAGGCGAUCCCUCAAAAUGGUGCGAUAUGAAGCCUGAAUGGAAAAUUUGCGGGACGGGGACGAAGCAAUCACCAGUCGAUCUUACUCCAAAAGCAGCACGCAUGGUUCACAAUUCCACAGAGAUUCUUCAGACAUAUUACAAACCAGUAGAGGCUAUUCUUAAGAACCGUGGAUUCGACAUGAAGGUUAAAUGGGAAGAGGACGCAGGGAAGAUCGUGAUCAAUAAAACCGACUAUAAAUUGAUUCAAAGCCACUGGCACGCACCUUCAGAGCAUUUGCUCAAUGGAGAGAGAUUCGCCAUGGAACUUCACAUGGUACACAAAAGUGCAGAAGGACACUUAGCAGUUAUUGGAGUUCUCUUCAGAGAAGGCGAACCAAAUGCAUUCAUUUCAAGGAUAAUGGACAAGAUAACCAAGAUUGCUGAUGUACAAGAUGGAGAGAUCAGCAUUGGAAAGAUAGAUCCAAGAGAAUUUGGAUGGGAUCUUACCAAAUUUUAUGAAUAUAGUGGUUCGCUCACGACUCCUCCUUGCACGGAAGAUGUCAUGUGGACCAUCAUAACCAAGGUGGGGACUGUUUCGCGUGAGCAAAUUGAUUUAUUGACCGAUGCUCGUCGCGGUGGUUAUGAGAAGAACGCAAGACCGGCUCAACCCCUUCACGCACGUCUGGUUUAUUUAAAUGAGCAGUCCAGUCCAAGUCCAACAACACAAAUACCACGAGUUAAUCCUUAAUGAGACUGUCUUAUAGGACAAGGCAACUCCGAGCCCUAAUUUUCAUUCAAAGAAAAUUCGAGAAUAUGUAAAUUUGGGGGCCAUAACUAAUUUUUUAUUUAAUUAUUCUUUUUAUUAAAAGUUUAAAACUAUGCAAUAUUCUAUAUGCAUAAAGUUUUCUUCUAUACAUGUAUUCCAAUAAACAAGAUAUAAUAUAUUCAACCAUAAUGUGUUGUUCGAUUAUUUUAUAACUUAAAGAUCUAUACAUUUCA